AUGAACGUAUUCAAAAGGCCCUUGGACUCAGAUAGAAAUGUUAAGGCAACCAUAUAUGUAGGGAACCUCGACCCUCAGGUGACAGAGUUACUAUUAUUUGAACUACUUAUUCAAUUUGCACCUAUCAAGUCCUUGAACUUCCCGAAGGACAGAAUACUAAAAUCACACCAAGGAUAUGGAUUUGCCGAAUUUCGUAGUGUCGAAGAUGCUGAGUAUGUACUAGAAGUGGCAAAGGGAGUCAGACUAUUUGGGAAAACACUAAAGAUAAAUAAAACUGAACAAAACAAUGGUACAGGCUCAGCAGCAGCCAAGGUGAAUCAAUUACAGAAGCAGAAGUACCAACAGCUAAACUCUUUCACCUCAUCAUCUUCCAACAAUCUCUUAGAUGUAGGAGCCAAGCUAUUCAUUAAUAAUCUCAACCCAUUGAUAGAUGAGCAGUUUUUAUCAGAUACCUUUUCCAAAUUUGGAACGUUGAUUAGACCUCCAAUACUUUUAAGGAACGAGAGAGGUGAAUCGAAGGGCCAUGGCUUUUUAUCAUUUGAAGAUUUUGAAGUCAGUGACAGAGUAAUUGAGAAAAUGAACGGUGGAAUAUUGAUGAAUCAGAAAGUGGAGAUCAGUUAUGCAUUCAAGGAUGAAGUGUCAUCCAAUGGGAAGAGAGUGAGACACGGUGACCGUACGGAGAGGAUAUUAGCAGAGAAUGCAAAAUCCAAUAAUUUAAUUAAGGAGGAAGGUGAUAAGAAGUAG